GACCGCAUAAUGGAGAAAAAAAAGCAUGGCCGCCGCCGCCGCUUCGGACUCAAGGGUGCAGAGCCCGAUGGCUCCGUCGAGGGCUGCGGGGAGAAGGGGAGCAGCUUCCUGCCGGGGCAGCCGAUCUGGGAGGACGCUGGCGGUGGCGCUGGGGUAGGCAACGGGAGAAGGACGCCGACUCGCGGUCCCGCACCUGCUGCUUCGCGGUCAUCGACCACGGCGUCGCGCACGAGAAGCCGCCGCUCGACGCCGUCAAGUCUCACCCCCGAGCACUAGCGUCGUGAUCCGCGCGGAGAGCCCAGCCGUCGAGCAAGAUCCCCUCGGCGGCUUCCUGCUCCUCGCCGGCGAGGUCCUCGGACGAGCAACCAAGUCCAGGUGAGAUUCUCUCCCUUCUCUCUUCUGCGCGUCCCUUCCUCUGUCCGGAGUCGAUUUAAGGCGUGAGGUAGAGAUGCAGCUCCGUAUUCAUCUUCAUUCUUUUUGCUUGCUACUUUUAUGGCUCCACAAAGAGUACAACUGUACAAGAAGCCCAAGCGCACAAAUUCUUCUGCUUCAUCUCAAUUUUGAGCUGUUUAUUUUCAUAUAGAUCACUUAUUUGAGCAGAGAUAUGACAAUUUUCGCACUGGAAAAUGCUGUAAUCUCAUGCAAACUUGAGGAAUCAUGUAUAUGCAGAAAAAUAUCACUGUUUGCUUUUUUAAAUUUCAGAGUGCACUAUUUGUGUAAUGUAUGCGCCCCCAUAAACUGCAGCUACAUUUAAAUUUUAUCUGGCCACAAUUGUGAGGAAGUUUAGGGUAAUGAACAAACAAAAAAAAAUUACGCAGUCUUCAAUAAGCAGGAAUACUUCUGAAAAAUUGUACAUUCGGAAAAAGAAACAAUUUUAAUCAUGCAGCUUGCCAUGCUUUCUUGCAGGACGGACACGCCCUUUAGGGUUAUUAAUCGUAUUUUUUAUCGCUCAACAGAGCUUGUGCACAUCGCCAGGAUUUGAGUAUUCAGAAGCCCAUAAAUAGAGGCACUAUUUGAACUCAGUUUUGUCAUGGUUUACAGUCAGGGAACUAUCAUGGAUGAAAUGGUGCCAAUACACUGAAUUAACAAGUUCAGGCACAAACUGAAAGAAUGCUUCAUCUAGCGAUUGCAUGUUUCCCUUAUCGAUGCUAGCGGCCGUCAACACCGAAGACCAGCAAGAUGGACAGGACGUCGGUCCCGGGGGACACGAUCGACUACGUGAAGGAGCUGUUGGAGAGGAUACAACGGCUGCAGUUGGAGUUAUAGGAGUCACGCUGCUGUGGGUAUGGCUGCCGGGUGUGUUCCAGCAGCAGAAUCCCAACGAGAUGCUGGCCAGGAAAAGCUCCAAGGCUAUUAGACAUGCUCAUUUGAAGAUUGAGUUAUCAAUAUCAAUUAUGGUUACCUAUCGGCGUCUAAUCAGGUCUGCAAGGUUAUGAUGCUGUCCCUUGGAAAGAAAAUUCAAAAUCCGUAUCCACAAUGUUCCAGGCAUUAAGGUGAACAUGUACAGAGCAUUUUUCUGAAUUUGUAUGUAUAGAAGUGUUUCUCAUCAAGUUCCGUCGGUAAGGUGUUCGUAUUUAUUUAUACCACAGCUCUAUUGUAGUAGAUAUACAUGUCAAUAUUUUGAGCCUACUUAUGGAGACUACCUUCUAUAUGUGGUACAAGUUAAUUCAAUCUAGCUCAGCCAUCGUAGGCAUUCUGGCAGGUGUGUUGUUCGGAGGAGGGGCCAGAUGUCCUAAACAGGAGAUGAGAGUGAAAUACUUCGAUAUUUAUCACAUUAUUUUUCAGCUGAUCGCUAAUUUCCGGGACCGAGUUUUAAGCUUUGCAUUGAUCUCUAUUUGGUUUGCUGCACUUACGUCAUCUACAAUUUGCAGAUAUUCUCACAGUUUUUUGUGUUAUGAUUAGGAGUAGGGUCUUGGGAAGCAUACAAGUGUCCUGAAGUAAGCAUUGUGCACAGGCCGUUCAGGGUACCACACUACUAUUUUGCUUGCAUGUUCAUACGAGUAUUGAUGAAUGAAAUAUAGCUUCAAGAGUGCCUCUUCUAUAAACAGAAUAUCAAAUUGAUUGUUUAAUGUGCUCCUCUGUAAUUAGAAAGUUAAUCAAGUGUUAGCUAAAUGUUUGCAUUGUAAAGUGUACUUACCCUUUCUUCUUUUGAUAAUGGGCUGCAAACAUUUCCAAUUUUGAUUUCCUUCUAUUUUGAGAAUUUUCCUCAUCAAAUGCACUCUAUUUUUCUCUAUGUAGAUUAAUCUACCAUGAACUCUCUUAUGAGAUUAUUCUAUUUAGUAUUGACCAACAGAUAAGUCAUGGUUGAUCUUUAUGGAAUCAUUACUAAGUUUUAUCCAUUACAUGAAGAGGUUGAUGAUCUCUUCCUAUCCGUGAAGCAAAUUACUUCCUCCGUAAAAGUAAUAUAAGAGAGCUUGGCAGUUUUGUCUCGACUAGCUACUAUCACUGUGUACCGUAGUACCAUAGAUUUCUUAUGCAUGUACCGACAAGAUAACGAAAAUCAAGUC